AUGGGGUGGGCACAAAAGAAGGAUGAGCAACCUCUGGAUGAUAUUUACACCAAGUUGUACAUUACAGUCGGGGGUGACGUACACAUCAACACACAGCAUGAGGUCAUUCAGAUUGUGAUGGCAGGGAAGCAAGCAGGAACAGAGAAACCAAUUGACUCCAGCGACAUAUUCAAACCUCCCUCUGGGAAAUACAGACCCAUAAGAACAGUGCUGACCAAUGGAACUGCAGGAAUCGGCAAAACAUUCCUAGUGCGCAAGUUUGUGUUGGACUGGGCUAAAGGAAGAGCCAAUCAAGAUGUGCACCUUCUAUUCCUUUUUACCUUCCGCCAGCUGAAUUUACUGAAGGGAGUAGAGUUUAGUUUGGCAGAGCUCAUUCACAAAUGUAUCAGGGAGAGCAAAGACAUCAAGCGUGAGGCUCUCAAUGACAUCUUUACAAAACUACAGGCUUCAGGAAACACCAACUACGACAAGAGUGAAUUCAAGCUUCUGUUUGUUUUGGAUGGACUGGAUGAGAGCCGUCUUCAACUGGACUGCUUCACUGAUGAAACAUCGGCAGUCGACUUUGAUGUGACAAUGCCAAACUCAGUGGAUGUGCUGCUGACGAACCUCAUCAGGAAGAAUCUGCUUCCUUCUGCUCGCAUCUGGAUAACCACUCGACCUGCAGCGGCCAAUCAGAUCCAUUCUGACUUAGUUGACAUGGUGACAGAGGUCAGAGGGUUCACCGACCCACAGAAGGAAGAGUACUUCAGGAAGAGGAUCAGAGAGGAGGAGCAGGCCGGCAGAAUCAUCUCCCACAUCAAGACAUCACGGAGCCUCCACAUCAUGUGCCACAUCCCAGUCUUCUGCUGGAUCACCGCUUCAGUUCUGGACAAUGUGUUGAGAGCAGAUGAAAAUGGCGAGUUACCCAAGACCCUGACUGAGAUGUACACAGAGUUCUUGGAGUUUCAGAUUGAUCAGACAAAAAAGAAGUGUGGCCAAACAAUUCUGUACAUUCAGUCAUUAGCAAAAUUAGCCUAUCAUCAACUGGAAAAAGGCCGCCUGAUCUUCUAUGAGAAAGACCUAAGAGAGAGUGGCAUUGAUUUCAGUAGAGCCUCGAUGUAUUCAGAAGUGUUGAAAGAGAUCUUUAAACAAGGGAGGAGGAAGGAUGAGGACAAGAUGUUUAGCUUUGUCCAUCUGAGUGUUCAGGAGUUUCUGGCUGCUCUUUAUGUGGAGAUGUCACUCAUUAAUGGCAACAAAAAUGUAAUGCCUGAGACAGAGGGAACCAUUAAAAGACUGGGGUUAUAUUUCUCCCGCACAUCUACAGCAGAGGUCCAUAGGUAUGCCAUUGACAAGGCCCUACAGAGUCCAAAUGGACACCUGGAUUUGUUCCUGCGCUUCCUCCUGGGUCUUUCACAGCAAACAAAACGCACUCACCUACAAGGCCUGCUUAAAAAGAAAAGAAGUAGCUCCGAGACCCAUAAGGAAACAGUUGAGUACAUCAAGAAGAAGAUCAGUGAGAAUCCAUCUCCAGAGAGGUGCAUCAAUCUGUUCCACUGUCUGAACGAGCUCAAUGGAAAUUCUCUAGUGGAGGAGAUCCAACAGUACCUGAUUUCAGGAAGUCUCUCCACAGACAAACUGUCUCCGGCUCAGUGGUCAGCUCUGGCCUUCAUCUUACUGUCAUCAGAGAAAGACCUGGAUGUGUUUGACCUGAAGAAGUACUCUGCUUCAGAGGAAGGUCUCCUGAGGCUGCUGCCAGUCAUCAAAGCCUCAAACAAAGCUCUGCUAAGUGGCUGUCAUCUGUCAGAGAGAAGCUGUGAAGCUCUGGCCUCAGUUCUCAGCUCGCAGUCCUCAAGUCUGAGAGUGCUGGACCUGAGUAACAACGGGCUGCAGGAUUCUGGAGUGAAGCUGCUCUCUGUUGGACUGGCGAGUCCACACUGUACACUGGAGACGCUCAGCCUGAGUGGCUGUGAAGCAUCAGCGAGAAGCUGUGAAGUUCUUGCCUCAGUUCUCAGCUCGCAGUCCUCCAGCCUGAGAGAGCUGGACCUGAGUAACAAUGAGCUGCAGGAUUCUGGAGUAAAGCUGCUCUCUCCUGGACUGAAGAGUCAGUACUGUAGAUUGGAAACUCUGAGACUGUCAGGUUGUCAGGUCACAGAGGAAGGCUGUGCCUCUCUGGCGUCAGCGCUGAGAUCCAACCCCUCCCAUCUGAGAGAGCUGGAUCUGAGCUACAAUCAUCCAGGAGACUCAGGCGUGAAGCUGCUUUCUGCCAGACUCAAGAAUCCAAAGUGGAGACUGGACACACUCAGGAUGGAUGAUUGCGGAGAGCAGAGGCUGACACCUGGUGUCAGGAAGUAUGCCUGUGAACUCACACUGGACACAAACACCGUAAACAGAUACCUUAAGCUGUCGAACAACAACAGGAAGGUGACCUGGGUGGACGACGAGCAGCCAUACGCUGACCAUCCGCAGAGAUUCGACCACUGCCAUCAGUUGCUGUGCAGGGAAGCUCUGACCGGUCGCUGUUACUGGGAGGUGAACUGGAAUGGAGAGGCUGUCAUAUCAGUGACUUACGGCGGGAUCUAUCGGGGGGGAGACAGCGACGACUGCAGGUUCGGAAGAAACGAGCAGUCGUGGAGUCUGGAGUGCUCUGAAGUGAACUGUUACUCGAUUUGUCACAAUAACACAAGGACAGACAUUCCUCUACCCCAUUCUAUCUCUCACAGAGUAGCAGUGUAUGUGGACUGGCCUGCUGGCCUUCUGUCCUUCUACAGAGUCUACUCUGACAAACGGAUCCUUCUCCACACCUUCAGCACCACUUUCACAGAACCCCUCUAUCCUGGGUUUGGGUUAUGGUUCCUCUUUGGGUCUCAAUCCUCAGUGUCUCUGGGUGAGCUGUAG